AUGAGCAAGUCGCAGCGAGCAUGUGAUAGUUGCAGGGCGCGCAAAAGCGCAUGCCGCAUCGACUCUGCGCCUCCAUGCCGGCUAUGUCAUCUCUCGGGGCGCGACUGCACAUUUGAGGCCGCAUCCAAGAAUACACGCGCGUCUGCAGCAACUGCAACACAUGUAUCCCUAAACAGCUCUACGCAGGAACCAGCUGGCCCAGUAGUUCCAAGCCAGCAAAGCUACGUUUUGAAUUCGGACGGUGCCUUCUUCGACCAACAAGGCUACCUUUUGCUAGGCGAAUCACCAGAUCCAUCAGCCAACCUUUGGGUUGACCAAACCAUGAUGGACAUGAACAUACAGAACUUCCAACACAUUAAUCCUCCGCCAAACGAUGUGUCCAUGGACUAUCCUGGACUCCCUUCACCGUCGGCACAGGGACUCGAGACGACAAGCAUAGUCUGUGGCCUAACAGGGGACAUGGAUCCAUACCUUAUGCAAAGAUAUAAUUUUGGCCCGGAUAAUAACUUUGUCUUCAAACGACUGGCCGUUCGUUCAGUGAGGCAAGAUACCCACCCAGUUCAAUUCCUAGUCUCAAACAUCACAGAUGUGGCGGAGGAAUGUGACCAGCACAACCAGUCUCUUCGCAAACAGCUAGAGAAGCUUGUGAGUCCUGAUGUGGGUGUCAGGUUAAUCUCUUUAUUCUUUCGAUUCGUGUACCCUCAUUUUCCAAUCCUUGCCCCAGCGCAGUCAGUAGAGCCUGAGCGAUCAAAUCCUUCUACUCUUGCCGCAAUAUAUCUAGUUGCACUACCAUUUGCCGGCUUCGACGACUUUCUCUCCGUCCAGAUAGCAUACGAUCUUCCUGAUGCAGGAAAACUAUGGGACCUUCCCUUGAAUGUGUUGCAUCAGGAGUUGCAUAAGCCAGAUUUUUCCACCCUACAAACGUUGGUUCUGCUGUUAAUUUCGCCUCCACAUAAGCCGCUCAUGCCUGAUUAUGCGACAAAGUGGUCGCUUGUUGGCACAAUGGUCACCGUUUCACAGACAAUGGGUUUGCACCUCAACCCCACACUUUGGAGCGUAUCAACCGCCGAGAUAGAUUUGAGGAAGCGGUUGUCGUGGACUGUCAAGAUGAUUGAUGUCUGGCAUGCUGCUGUCUUGGGUCGGAGUUGCCUCAUACAUGAUGACGAUUGGCUAGUUCCACCACCAUCUCUGGACGAUUUUUCGGAAGAAGAAAGAAAAACGCCAUUUCCUGCGCACUUCAUCCAUAUGUAUGAGCUCACAAUGGUUCUACAUACCACUCUGAAAACACUUUUCACUCUCAAAGCGGUCCAAACUCUUGUAGGAGACUAUGAAGACACAUUAAGGAAGGCGCAAGGCCUAAUGGAGAAACUCAAUCGCUGGAAUAGCGCUGUUGCCGACAGCCAGUCUGAGUCGCAAGACGAGGACAUCAAUUUGUCAGGUCCAUUGCUUCUCGGAGGCCAUUUUGUCAAAGUACUUCUCUUUCGAGCUAUACUCAGACCUUUCAAUACUUUGAGGUACAGAACAGUGCCCGCCAGUUCUACUGACGAGCAUCGAGAGCUUGAAGCGUGCCGACUAGCACGAGCUGGGGCGAAAGGUUGCAUCGCUAGCUUCGUGGCAUUCACGUCCAAUUUAAAGAGCAGCUGGAUUCACGGAUUUUGGCCUUUCUGGUGCACGCUGGGCUGGUCAACAUUGUGCAAUCUUGCACUUCUGCUUCACGUGACAGCAGAUAGUUCCGAAGAAGCACAAGAAUGCCGGUCCCUUCUUGACCAAGCCAGAAGAGCUAUCCGAUUACAAUCGAAAUCACUGGAUUUCCUAAGAUUCUCGUUACUGCGCAUCGAUUCAAUCUUCUGGAAAGGUCUAGACAAUGUUUUCAUAAGAAACGACAUGGCAGAAAAUAUGAGUUUUGGACAGGAACAAUUUGAAGUUCGGUCAUAG